GCGCGCAGUACUCGCUGUCAGCGAGCACGUGUGAAUGGCGUGAGUUAGGGAGAGAAUUGGUUGAAGCUUUACCGGAGUGGGGUUGCUAAGCUAACGGCGCUGUUCUCUCCCCUUGGGUAGGUUUCACCGCUUGUGCUUGGCUGUGACCCAGCAGCAGCAGCAGAAGGGAGGGAGCCAGCCAGCUUAGGCGGGCGAGUUGGUUGGUUGGUUGGUUGAUCUGUCUGUGUCCCCGCUUGCCAGGACGAGAAGGCGGGGCGGCCUCGGCAUGAACACGCAGGCGCGGGGCCAGACGGCUCUCAGUGACUGGAGCGGCAGCGAGACCAGCAGCGGUAGCAGCGAGCAGAGCUCCGGCUUCCAGGCUCGGCGUCCGAAAGACCCGCACCAGCGUCCCUUGGGCCGUAGAGACCUCGAGGCGGACGGCGCAGCCAUGCCGGUGACCGAGAAAGACCUGGCGGAGGACGCGCCGUGGAAGCGGAUCCAGCAGAACACGUUCACCCGCUGGUGCAACGAGCACCUCCGCUGCGUGAACAAGCGCAUCGGCAACCUGCAGUUCGACCUGAGCGACGGGCUGCGCCUCAUCGCCCUGCUGGAGGUGCUCAGCCAGAAGCGCAUGUACCGCAAGUAUCACCAGCGACCCACCUUCCGGCAGAUGCAGCUCGAGAACGUCUCGGUGGCGCUCGAGUUCCUCGAGCGGGAGAACAUCAAGCUCGUCUCCAUCGAUAGUAAAGCUAUUGUCGAUGGAAACUUAAAGCUGAUCCUAGGAUUAAUUUGGACACUUAUCCUCCAUUAUUCAAUCUCUAUGCCGGUAUGGGAAGAUGAAGGAGAUGAUGAUGCCAAGAAACAGACUCCAAAACAGAGACUCUUGGGAUGGAUUCAGAAUAAAAUCCCAUAUUUGCCAAUAACAAAUUUUAACCAAAACUGGCAGGAUGGGAAAGCCCUUGGUGCCCUCGUUGAUAGUUGUGCUCCAGGUCUCUGCCCGGACUGGGAAAGCUGGGACCCUAAGAAGCCUGUUGAUAAUGCCCGUGAAGCCAUGCAGCAAGCAGAUGACUGGCUGGGUGUACCUCAGGUCAUCACUCCUGAAGAGAUCAUACAUCCCAACGUGGAUGAGCACUCCGUGAUGACCUACCUGUCACAGUUCCCCAAAGCCAAGCUGAAGCCGGGUGCUCCUUUGAAACCAAAACUUAAUCCAAAGAAGGCAAGAGCAUAUGGCAGAGGGAUUGAGCCACAUGGAAACAUGGUUAAGCAACCUGCCAACUUCACGGUAGACACUAUCAGUGCUGGCCAGGGUGAAGUCAUGGUUUUUGUAGAAGAUCCAGAAGGAAACAGAGAAGAGGCUAAAGUGACCCCUGACAAUGACAAAAACAAGACCUAUGCUGUACAGUACGUGCCAAAGGUUGUGGGACCUCAUAAGGUUACUGUCCUGUUCGCUGGUCAGCACAUCUCAAAGAGCCCAUUUGAAGUUAAUGUUGAAAAGGCCCAGGGAGAUGCAAGCAAAGUAACGGCAAAAGGGCCAGGCCUAGAAGGAACUGGAAAUAUAGCCAAUAAACCCACUUACUUUGACAUUUUUACAGCAGGAGCGGGCGUUGGUGAUAUUGGUGUAGAUGUUGAAGAUCCUCAGGGGAAGAAUAUUGCUGAAGUUGCAGUAGAAGACAAAGGAAAUCAAGUGUACCGUUGUGUGUAUAAGCCUCUUCAACCUGGUCCUCAUACCAUUAGGGUUGUGUUUGCUGGAGAACAUGUCCCAAAAAGCCCUUGGAGUAUUCUUGUUGGUGAAGCCUGCAAUCCAAAUGCCUGCCGUGCCAGUGGCAGAGGCCUCCAGCCCAAAGGAGUUCGGAUCAGAGAAACCGCAGACUUCAAGGUUGAUACAAAAGCCGCAGGGAGUGGAGAUAUCCAUGUUGCAAUAAAAGGGCCAAAGGGCUUGGAGGAGCUUGUAAAACAAAAUGAAUUUGUGGAUGGUGUAUAUGCCUUUGAAUAUUACCCCCUAACUCCAGGAAAAUAUUUGGUCACAAUCUUAUGGGGAGGCCACAACAUCCCCAAAAGUCCCUUUGAAGUUCAAGUAGGUCCUGAAGCAGGACCUCAGAAAGUAAGAGCUUGGGGGCCAGGUCUUCAUGAAGGAGUUGUUGGUAAAUCUGCAGAUUUUGUGGUAGAAUCCAUUGGUCCAGAAGUUGGAUCCCUGGGCUUUGCCAUUGAAGGUCCAUCUCAAGCAAAAAUUGAGUGUGAUGACCAAAAUGAUGGCUCAUGUGAUGUCAAGUAUUGGCCCAAGGAGCCUGGGGAAUAUGCUGUCCACAUCAUGUGUGAUGACGAAGACAUCCAAGACAGCCCCUUCAUGGCUUUCAUCCAGCCAGCUUCCCUGGACGUUGAUUCUGACAAGGUAAAAGCCUAUGGUCCAGGGCUGGAGAGAACUGGCUGCAUUGUCAACAAUCCUGCAGAGUUUACAGUUGACACAAAAGAAGCUGGGAAUGCUCCUUUGAAGAUAUAUGCACAGGAUGGGGAUGGAAAUCCUAUUGAUAUUCAAAUGAAGAACAAGCCAGAGGGUAUCUAUGCCUGCUCAUACAUCCCAACGAAACCCAUCAAGCAUACUAUUGCUGUUACAUGGGGAGGAGCUAAUGUGCCCAAUAGCCCUUACAGGGUCCACAUUGGACAAGGCAGUCAUCCCCACAAGGUGAAAGUCAUUGGGCCAGGAAUAGAGAGAACUGGUCUGAAAGCCAAUGAACCUACUCACUUCACGGUAGACUGUACAGAAGCAGGAGAAGGUGAUGUCAGUGUUGGCAUCAAAUGUGAUGCUCAUGUAAUAAGUGAAGAAGAGCAAGACAUAGACUUUGGCAUCAUACAUAAUGCUAAUGAUACCUUCACAGUGAAAUACACACCGCCUGCUGCUGGACGCUACACUGUCAAAGUGUUGUUUGCUGGAGAGGAAAUCCCCACCAGCCCUUUCAGAGUGAAAGUGGAGCCCUCACAUGACGCAAGCAAGGUGAAAGCUGAAGGGCCUGGCCUGAGUAGAACUGGUGUGGAAAAUGGGAAGCCUACACACUUCACUGUUUUCACAAAAGGUGCUGGGAAAGCUCUUCUCGACGCCCAGUUCAGUGGGCCAACGGCAGGAGAAGUUGUCAAAGAUGUGGAUAUCAUUGACAACUAUGAUUACUCUCAAACUGUAAGAUAUACUCCAGUACAGCAGGGCAACAUGAACGUUCUGGUGACUUACGGUGGGGAUCCAAUUCCAAGAAGCCCCUUCACUGUAGCUGUAGCUGCUCCGCUUGACCUGAGCAAAAUUAAACUUAAUGGUCUGGAAAACAGAGUUGAAGUAGGAAAGGACCAGGAAUUUCUGAUAGACACAAAAGGAGCUGGUGGACAGGGUGAACUCGAUGUGUCGAUCUUCAGCCCAACUAGAAAAGUUGUGCCAUGCUUAGUAGAACCAAUAGCAGGCAAGGAGUGUUGCACUGCAAAAUAUAUCCCAAGGGAAGAAGGCGUUCAUGUGGUUGAUGUAAAUUACGAUGGGCAUCCAGUUCCAGGAAGUCCUUAUACUGUGGAAGCCACUCUGCCACCGGAUCCUACCAAGGUGAGAGCCCAUGGUCCAGGCCUUCAUGGAGGCCUUGUUGGGAAGCCUGCAGAAUUCACAAUAGAUACCAAAGGAGCUGGAACGGGUGGUCUGGGCCUGACAGUCGAAGGGCCCUGUGAAGCCAAGAUAGAAUGCUCUGAUAAUGGUGAUGGAACAUGUUCAGUCUCCUACCUGCCCACAAAGCCGGGCGAAUACCUUGUGAAUAUCCUUUUUGAAGAGGUCCAUAUUCCUGGCUCUCCUUUCAGAGCAGACAUUGAAAUGCCAUUUGAUGCUUCAAAAGUAGUUGCCACAGGCCCUGGACUCGAACGUGGGAAAGUAGGUGAAGCUGGAUUACUAAAUGUGGAUUGUUCAGAAGCAGGACCUGGGAAGUUGAAUAUGGAAGCAGUUUCAGAUUCUGGAUCUAAAGCUGAUGUUGAGAUUCAAGAUAAUAAAAAUGGGACCUAUGCAGUUACAUACGUGCCGCUUUCUGCUGGGAUGUACACACUCAAGAUGAAAUAUGAUGACGAACCAGUACCAAACUUUCCUGCACGCGUCAAAGUGGAUCCUGCUGUAGACACAAGCAAAAUCCAAGUGUUUGGGCCAGGAAUUGAGGGGAAAGAUGUCUUCCGUGAAGCAACAACAGAUUUCACUGUAGACGCUACGCCCUUGACCAAAACUGGUGGAGACCAUAUCAAAGCUCAGAUUUCAAAUCCCUCUGGAGCUUCCACAGAUUGCCUCAUCAAAGACAAUGCUGAUGGGACAUAUGCAGUAGAGUUCACGCCAUAUGAAAGAGGCCCUCAUACUGUGGAAGUUACCUAUGAUGAUGUUCCUGUGUUGAACAGUCCUUUCAAAGUGGAUGUCAAGGAAGGAUGCCACCCUUCACGUGUGGUGGCCGAAGGUCCUGGACUACAAGAAGCCUACACAAAUAAACCCAAUCCAUUCACUGUAGUCACUCGGGGGGCUGGAAUUGGAGGCCUUGGAAUAACAGUUGAAGGUCCUUCUGAGUCUAAAAUAAGCUGUACAGAUAACAAGGAUGGCAGUUGUAGUGCAGAAUAUAUCCCAUAUGUUCCUGGAGAUUAUGAUGUCAACAUAACUUACGGUGGCGAACAUAUCCCUGGCAGUCCAUUUAAGGUUCCUGUAAAAGAUGUAAUUGAUCCCUACAAGGUGAAAGUUGCAGGACCAGGUUUGGGAACAGCAGUUCGUGCUCACAUUCCCCAAUCCUUUACUGUGGAUACCAGUAAGGCUGGAAUUGCACCACUGGAAGUUGCAGUGACAGGACCAAGAGUUGAUGAGCCGGAUUCCCAGUUGUGGCACAGCCCACUGAAAGCAGUUCCAGAGUUCUUUAAAGGUGACCCCCAAAGUGAAUCUAAUGAGACAGGCUUGGCAGAACCUGUUAACGUAGUUGACAAUGGCGAUGGCACUCAUACAGUAUCAUACACACCUACGCAAGAAGGUCCUUACACAGUUGCAGUAAAAUAUGCAGAUGAAGAGAUUCCUAGAAGUCCAUUCAAAGUCAAGGUGCUUCCGACAUACGAGGCCAGCAAAGUGACAGCCAGUGGGCCGGGCCUGAGCGCCCAUGGGGUUCCAGCCAGCAUGCCUGCUGAUUUUGUUGUCGAUGCUAGAGAUGCAGGCCAGGGACUACUUUCAGUAGACGUCACAGACCAAGAUGGCAAACCAAAGAAGGCAAAUAUCCAUGACAACAACGAUGGCACUUAUGCAGUAACUUACAUUCCUGACAAGACUGGUCGAUACUCCGUUGGCAUUAAGUAUGGUGGGGAUGAUAUACCUCUUUCUCCGUAUCGAGUCCGUGUAUCACCAGCAGGAGAUGCUAGCAAGUGUUUAGCAACAGGUCCUGGCAUUGCAGCCAUGGUGAAGACUGGAGAGGAAGUUGGCUUUGUGGUCGAUGCUAAAUCUGCAGGAAAAGGUAGAGUGACGUGCACUGUCCUGACACCAGACGGCUCUGAAGCUGAAGCUGAGGUCAUUGAAAAUGAGGAUGGGACGUACGACAUUUAUUACACAGCUGCCAAACCAGGAACCUAUGUAAUUUAUGUCCGCUUUGGUGGAGUGGAUAUUCCAAACAGUCCCUUCACUGUAAUGGCUACAGAUGCAGAUGAAGUUGCAGUGUUGUCUCAGGAACCAUUAAAUGCAGCCUGUCCCCCUGGAGCCCGCCCCUGGGUCACAGAAGAAGCUUAUGUACCUGAUGGUGAUAUGAAUGGUAUAGGGUUUAAGCCCUUUGAUAUAGUCAUUCCUUUUGCAGUGCGGAAGGGAGAAAUAACUGGGGAAGUCCAUAUGCCAUCAGGGAAGACUGCAACAGCAGACAUUGUGGAUAACAAGGAUGGCACAGUAACAGUUAGAUACGCUCCUGUUGAGGUUGGCUUGCAUGAAAUGCAUAUCAAAUACAUGGGCAACCAUAUUCCUGAGAGCCCCCUACAGUUCUAUGUGAACUAUCCAAACAGUGGAAAUGUGACUGCUUAUGGACCUGGCCUUGUCUAUGGUGUAGCAAACAAGCCAGCAACUUUUACCAUAGUCACUGAAGAUGCUGGUGAGGGUGGUUUGGACUUGGCAAUUGAAGGUCCCUCAAAAGCUGAAAUUAGUUGCAUUGACAACAAGGAUGGCACUUGCACUGUCACUUACCUGCCGACACUUCCAGGAAACUACAACAUAUUGGUCAAGUACAAUGACAAACACAUUCCAGGAAGCCCAUUUGUUGCCAAAAUCACAGAUGACAACAGGAGACGUUCUCAAGUGAAGCUUGGCUCGGCUGCUGAUUUUUUACUGGACAUCAACGAGACCGAUCUCAGUCUCUUGACGGCCAGUAUUAAAGCUCCUUCUGGUCGCGAUGAACCUUGCCUUCUAAAACGGCUGCCCAAUAACCAUAUUGGUAUCUCCUUUAUUCCACGGGAGGUGGGGGAACACUUGGUCAGUAUUAUGAAGAAUGGGAGUCAUGUGCCAAACAGCCCAGUUUCCAUCAUGGUGGUUCAGUCUGAGAUCGGCGAUGCGAGAAGAGCAAGAGUUUUCGGACGUGGCUUGGUUGAAGGACGUACAUUUGAAAUGUGCGACUUCAUUGUAGAUACGAGAGAUGCAGGCUAUGGUGGGAUCUCCUUGGCAGUUGAAGGACCUAGCAAAGUAGAUAUCCAGACAGAAGAUCUGGACGAUGGAACGUGCAGAGUGUCGUACUUUCCAACUGUCCCAGGUGUUUACAUAGUUUCAACCAAGUUUGCUGAUGAACAUAUCCCAGGAAGCCCAUUCACUGUGAAGAUAAGCGGGGAAGGAAGGGUAAAAGAAAGCAUCACACGUACUAGACGGGCUCCUUCUGUGGCCACUGUUGGAAGCUUGUGUGAUCUCAACUUAAAAAUCCCAGAAAUUGACAUUGGUGACAUGUCAGCCCGGGUAACUAGCCCCACAGGGAGAAUAACAGAUGCAGAAAUCGUAGAGCAUGAUAAAAACACAUAUUGUGUCCGCUUUGUACCCCAAGAAAUGGGGGUCCAUACAGUUGAUGUGAAAUACCGAGGGCAACAUGUGCCUGGCAGCCCAUUCCAGUUUACCGUUGGACCGCUUGGUGAAGGAGGAGCCAGUAAAGUCAGAGCUGGUGGUCCAGGACUUGAAAGAGCAGAGGCAGGCAUCCCAGCUGAAUUCAGCAUAUGGACGAGAGAAGCAGGAGCCGGAGGACUCUCCAUUGCAGUGGAAGGCCCAAGCAAAGCAGAAAUUGCCUUUGAAGACCACAAAGAUGGAUCUUGUGGUGUAUCAUACACAGCUCAAGAACCUGGAAACUACGAAGUGUGUAUCAAAUUCAACGAUGAGCAUAUUCCUGAAAGCCCUUACCUGGUUCCUGUGAUUGCUCCUUCAGAUGAUGCACGUAGGCUCACUGUUAUGAGCCUUCAGGAGUCUGGGUUGAAAGUUAACCAGCCAGCGGCCUUCGCGAUUAGGCUUAAUGGGGCAAAGGGCAAGAUUGAUGCUAAAGUACAUAGUCCAAUUGGAGCUGUAGAAGAAUGUCAUGUCUCUGAAUUGGAGCAAGAUAAAUAUGCCGUUCGGUUCAUUCCACGAGAAAAUGGCAUUCAUUCCAUCGAUGUGAAGUUCAAUGGGAGCCACGUAGUAGGCAGUCCCUUCAAAGUCCGAGUGGGGGAGCCAGGGCAAAUAGACAGCCCCGCUCUCGUGACGGCCUAUGGGCCAGGCCUUGAGAAUGGCGUAACAGGGCUACAGUCUGGGUUUACUAUAGACACCAGCAAAGCUGGCCCUGGUACCCUUGCUGUUACAAUUGAAGGACCAUCAAAGGUGAAAAUGGAUUGUCAGGAAGCACCAGAGGGCUACAAUGUGAUGUACACCCCUAUGGCUCCAGGGAACUACUUAAUUGGAAUUAAAUAUGGAGGACCUAAUCACAUAGCUGGUAGUCCUUUUAGAGCAAAAGUAACAGGUCAGCGGCUGGUUAGCCCAGGCAUCUCAAAUGAAAUGUCUUCUAUCAUGGUGGAAUCUGUGACCAGGUCAACGACUGAUACAUGUUACAGUGCCAUUCCCAAAUCUUCAUCUGAUGCAAGCAAAGUUACCUCCAGGGGUGCAGGGCUCUCUAGAGCUUACGUGGGCCAGAAAAACUCUUUCUCUGUAGACUGCAGCAAAGCAGGUUCAAAUAUGUUGUUAGUUGGUGUCCAUGGACCUACUACACCUUGCGAAGAAGUAUCUGUGAAACAUUUGGGAAACCAUCAGUACAACGUAACAUAUGUCGUGAAGGAGAAGGGUGACUAUAUUCUAGCCGUGAAGUGGGGUGAAGACCACAUUCCUGGAAGUCCCUUCCAUGUUACUGUUCCAUAAGCGCAUCUUGUUUCAGAACGUCCUGCUCUCCGAGUGAAAUUGUCCAAUGUGAUACUGUGAGCAGUUCUCCAAGAAAGUAUCUUCCUGAACGCAGAUCAUAUUUUAAUGCACCUCAUAUUAAAAUUAACUUUUUUAAAGGGUUGUACUUUUGUCUUAACUAUCACUUCUAUACAAUGCAAAUCAAGUACAUUAUUUAGAUCAUACCAUUCUGAAUUGAUACACAAUCAUUUAAAAGUGAAGGACAGUCUCCUUCCGUUUUUUUGUAGAUUUUAGAAUUUACAAAGUAAACUGGAAUAUGUCAUGGAUAAUAAGGUAUCUUAAACUACUGACUUGUAUUGGGUGUUUUUAGACUGGAAAUAUUUCCUUUAGUUGUAGAGUAUCACUCUGGCAAUUGUCUGUCUUCUGUAAAGAAAUGAGGUAAAAUUGGUACUUACUGUGCCUUUGUAUACUUGAUUGUCUUUUAAUACCUAUCGGUGAAACUCAAAAUAGUGUUACAGCUAAACACUAUAAUGUCUUACAAAAUGGUUGGCUGUUUACAUUUGGGGAAAGUGAGAACUGUUUGCUUUUUUACCCUCCUGGAGGAAACCAAAAGGGGUAUCGGAGCAUUGCUGGAAACCUUCUUCACUAAUGUUCUAUGCAGUUAUAAUGCCGUCUUGCUUUAACCUUGAUUGUUGUUGACAAGAUGCCAAAUUAGGUUGACAUCCUGGCCAAGAUGCCCCUUGCUUCUUGGGCGCUUGAGAUCACCUGUGAGCGCCAUAUAUAACCUGCAAUAAUUCUUCUUCCAAGAGCAGCUAACUAUUUCUGCACACAAAAUGUUCAUUUCUGUAUAGCUCACAUUGGUUGUAGUGGAAGAAUGUGUAACCCCACCCCCACAAUCUUUUUAGUUCGCCAAGAAAAGCAUAUUGGGAAUUACUCAUUAUGUCUUCUGAUGAUGCUGAUGUGAAAGAUAGCUGAGGCAUUUAGUCUUUAAACGACUCUCUGAAUGUUUCUAGCCUAAUUAACAGCAAAUAGGAGAGUUUUAGUCAAAGGUGUUCCUGCAGAAGUAUUUGUCCCUUUAUGUUUUGAGAGAAGGAAAAUAAAUCACAUAGCCCAUUUCAGCAUUCAGAAUCCAAGUGUAUAAAUGAUGGUUACUACAAUACUGCUGUAGUUUUUAGCAGAAUUUUCAGAGCUUUAAAUGUGCCUGAUGGAAGAAGAGACUUAAUGGAAGUAACUCUGUUCCUUUCCCUCUGUUUUAGUAAAUGACUUCUAUUUGGUUGGCUUUAUUUUUGUAGUUUGGGUAUCAGUGCACUAAGCCUCUCUAAGCACACUUUCCUGGAGGAGAAAUAGGGUAACAGGAUUUUAACUGUGCUGUGUGCCUUAAUGUGAAAUGCUCACUACAUUGUAAACUAUAAGCAAAAGCAAAAUAAACUGGAAUAAAUGCAAGAUUGUAAUAUUGUAUCUCAUAACUUAUUAAAAACCACAAAUGUUUGCUUCAUGAAAUAAAAUGUGCAUGUUUUAAAAAAAAA